UUAACUACCCGGAUAGACACUACACCACGUCAUUACCGCACCACCAGUCAUAUUCAUUAUUAUUUAUAUUUUUUGUCAUUCUCGAAGAGAAAAAAAAAUUUUUUUACCCUUCUCAUUACCCCCCAUUUUCACGCGAAAAUUCAAAUUUAUGAUAAAAAAAAUUUAUUCUGCUGACUUGUGUGAGAAUAAGUGAUAACUUUUAGGGUGAGAAAAAGUGACGAAAGUUGAGUGGAUUUUGAAUUUUGAUUUUAGUGGAUUUGUUGAAAGUGCCGGGAUGACGUGGGUAGGACGAUUUUUUAUGAUGUGAUCGAUGAGGGGACUGGAAAUUACUAAUUACCAAGUUCCAGUUGAUAAAUUCAUUUUACAAUGACUGUUAGCGAAUUUUGGUGGUUUGCUGUUGUUGUUUCCGGUGUUUUGAGCUGCACCGGAGCUAUUUUUACGGCACCACUACCAGAGUAUCUGCAUGGUCUCACGGGCUACGAAAUAUCGGAUGUGAAUGGAAAAUCAUCGAAAAUAAUAAAAAAUGAAGUAAUACGAGCAAGUGGCGAGAAUCGAGCGAAUGAAGCGAGUUCAAGGCGCAAUCCUACGGUCGAUGAUGAACAAACGGUUUACGUCAUUGAAUUUGAGUCGGAACCCAGUGAGAAAAAUCAUGAACGCAACAGCAAAUCCAUGGACUCGGAAUCAGAAGAAAUGGAGAAUCAGAGUCCCCUGGAUCCCUGGUCGAUCGUGUGGUACAUUGGAUCAUUUGGAGGUCUCGUUGCUUUUUUCCUCAUCGUCAGCUGUUCAGAAUGGUGCUGUCGUAGAUCAGCUCGUCCCCUGGGAACUCCUUACACCCAGAGACCAACUGAAACCGUUACGAUAACACGAAAUGUUACAGACACACCACCACCUCCGUAUCACCUGUUCGCACCACCCCCGUACGACUCGGUUAAUUACAAUGAUUUAGUUGAUAAGACCACCGGGGAGAAGCUCGAUAUAUACGUUAUUUCUGUACCAAUCACUGCCACUGAGCAGACAGUACCAGCGUAGCUCAAUUCAAAUUCAAUUCUUCAGAUCAUCAGAGCAAGUGCCUUAAUCUAUUCCAGGGACAUCUCAAUUCAUUUUUUUAUCCACCAUUUUGUCAUUAUUUGAUAGCAUUUUAAUUGACAUAUUGUAGAAAUAAUUUUCUUGCGUUAUGUCGACUAUUUGCGUCUGAAAAUAUGAAAAAUUACUGCUCUGAAAAUUGAGAUUAUUGAUUGAAGGUGCAAUGACCUGUAUGAAACGCUAGUACUUGGAUUAUUGAUUAUUCAAUCAUUUGGGUGAUGAUUUUUUUUCUGGAGAAAUUAAUGAGCGAAUCUUUCACAUGGAAUUGAACGGCUGAACGUCUGAUAGAGUGAUAUUUUUUUUCUGAUGCUUUUCUGCUGGAAAUAAUUACUGGCGAGGUCAUUCAUUAUUGAUCAAGUCCAAUGACCUGGAUUGCUCUGUAGAUUAUUAAUUAGAUUAUCUCGAUAAUCAGUGGUUCUCUAGGAGAAUGCAGUGACUCGUUGCAGACAGUGAAAUUUCAUUCGCGAAAAUCGUCUGGUGACCUAAAAUAAUUACUAGAAUCAAUCCAAUUAACUCAAUGACCUCAAUAAUUAUUUAUCGAUUAUGAUGUAAUUAUGGUUGACAGAUUUUAUCAAUUUUUUCUCUUGAAACCACUCAUUGCUGAGAUAAUUUUCCAUAAAAUCGCUGAAUCAUUCAUUGAAACAGUAAAAAUUUAAAUAAAUAAUGAAAAUAUUGGAGGAGAAAAGAGAAUCUCCGAAGACACACCAAACAUUUGGUUGAGUCAUUAAAUUUCUUUAAAAUAUUCCGUAUUAUGAAAUGAAUUACGCAAAUAAAUAUUAUACUCUGAAGAUUAUUAUAGACUAAAAAUAUCUAAAAAUUCUCAAUUACUCGAAGAAAAAUACAAAAUAAUUCUCCCUAUGAAAGAAAUUCCAGUUAUCGAGUAAGAAUUCGACAUUCGAUCAAAAUUUUCAAUCGAAAAAUUCACCAGCUGAUUUUUAAUAAAUCUAAAGUUCUAUUUGGAUUAGUCAAUGCAUGAAUAUCACAUGGUGUAAACAAUUUCCUGUAAAUUUAUUUUAUUGUAAAUAAUUCAAGUAUGUUAUUGCAAUUUUCAUUGUUAGAAGUAUUUUUACAGUACAUCAAUGAGGCAGUGUAAAAUUAUUAAAUUUCAUCGUUAGAGAGUGAAUUAAAUAUUUCUAAAUGUUUAUGGGAUUAAUAAAAUCCAAUAGCUCUCGAAGUUACUCGUGAAAUUAUUAAAUUGAUUAAGCUCCGACUGCCAUUAUGAAACUGCUGACAUUGAGAAGAAUAUCGUAAUUAGACCCUAGACCUGAUGAAAUUUGUAUUCCAAUUGUAAAUUUGUUAGGAAAAAUUACUUACUGUAUUGUUAAGAUAUUUAUUUUUUAUAAAUUUUUUGUAUAAAAAUUAAUAAAAUGUAAAAAAAAAUGCACAAAAUUGGUCAA